AUGAUUUUAAAAUAUUUCACACUCUUAUUGGUUGCCGCAGGCGUCGAACAACUUGUGGCAUCACUAAAGCAUGGAGGGAUCACCGCAAUGCUGAAAGAUGGAAUCUUUGCUGACGAGCUAGCUGUUGCUGCUAUGUUACGGAUGUUCAAUGAGAAGAAACGAUGGGAUAUUAACAUAUGCAAUGCUUAUUUGGAAAAACUCAAAGGUACGGCUGUUUGUAAUAGAAUGCUGAAUUACAUUUGA